CGGUGUUACAUUCUGACGUUUCCGUUUCCGGCAGACAUAUUGCUUACAGGAGCGAAUUCUGGAAAGCUAGAAGGAGCGAGAGGAUAUUAAAAAACAAUAUAUCUACAUCUUCACGACUUGUUACUCUCCAACCACACAGGACACAAUGGAGCCGUCAGCCAGUCCGGCAAAAGACAACUACAGGAUGAACCGCUACAAGAACAAAGCACUGAACCCUGAGGAGAUGAGGCGCAGGAGAGAGGAGGAGGGCAUCCAACUCAGGAAACAGAAACGAGAACAACAGCUUUUCAAGAGGAGGAAUGUGGAUGUUCUCAAUGAAGAGGAGGCCAUGUUUGAGAGUCCACUGGUGGACCCCUACCUCAGCUCUCCAGCAACAGAGGGAGUCAUUACCAGAGACAUGGUGGAGAUGCUUUUCUCGGAGGACCAGGAACUUCAGCUCGCCACAACACAAAAGUUUAGAAAACUACUUUCCAAAGAGCCCAACCCCCCAAUUGAUGAAGUCAUAAACACGCCUGGAGUAGUUGAGAGGUUUGUGGAGUUCUUGAAGAAGAGCGUCAACUGCACUCUACAGUUUGAAGCAGCUUGGGCUCUGACCAACAUAGCAUCGGGCACAUCCAUCCAGACAAAGACGGUGAUCGUGGCUGGAGCAGUGCCAAUCUUCAUUGAUCUACUUAACUCAGACUUUGAGGACGUCCAAGAACAGGCAGUGUGGGCCUUGGGUAAUAUUGCAGGCGAUAGUGCAGUGUGCAGGGACUAUGUGCUGAACUGCGAAAUCCUUCCGCCAUUAUUAAUGCUUCUGACCAAAUCCACUAGAUUGACCAUGACUAGGAAUGCAGUGUGGGCUCUGUCUAAUCUCUGUAGAGGAAAAAACCCUCCGCCUGCUUUUGAAAAGGUGUCGCCCUGUCUGCCAGUGCUGUCCAGGCUUCUAUUUAGCAGCGACCCAGACCUGCUGGCAGACGCCUGCUGGGCCCUGUCCUACCUCUCAGACGGCCCCAACGACAAGAUCCAGGCUGUCAUCGACUCUGGCGUCUGCAGGCGCCUUGUAGAGCUACUCAUGCACACAGACUAUAAGGUGGCCUCUCCUGCCCUGAGAGCUGUAGGGAACAUCGUCACAGGAGACGACAUCCAAACACAGGUGGUGCUGAACUGCUCAGCCCUGCCCUGCCUGCUGCACCUUCUCAGCAGCGCUAAAGAGUCCAUUCGCAAAGAGGCGUGCUGGACCAUCUCAAACAUCACAGCAGGAAACCGAGCACAAAUUCAGACGGUGAUUGAUGCCAACAUCUUCCCGGUUCUGAUCGACAUUCUACAGAAAGCAGAGUUCAGGACCAGGAAAGAGGCGGCCUGGGCCAUCACCAACGCCACCUCUGGAGGAACGCCAGAACAAAUCAGAUAUCUGGUGAACCUGGGCUGCAUUAAGCCGCUGUGUGAUCUGCUGACGGUGAUGGACUCGAAGAUCGUUCAGGUCGCCCUCAACGGGCUGGAGAACAUCCUGCGGCUCGGCGAGCAGGAGGCCAAGCAGGAGAACAGCGGCACCGGAGUCAACCCUUACUGCAGCCUCAUUGAAGAAGCCUACGGUCUUGACAAGAUCGAGUUCCUCCAGAGCCACGACAACCAGGAGAUCUACCAGAAGGCGUUUGAUCUAAUCGAGCACUAUUUCGGGGUGGAGGAAGAGGACAACAGUCUCGCCCCUCAGGUGGACCAGGCCAACCAGCAGUUCCUUUUCCCCGCGCAGGAGGCUCCCAUGGAGGGCUUCCAGCUAUAAGUCUGCACCCCUCACCUCUUUAAAAAAAAAAAAAAAAAAAAAAAAAACACCAUCUACCCCCCCCCGCCUCCAUACCUCCUCGUCUCACGGAGGGACCCCUAGAUGCCGGAGUCAAACCUCCACGCUCUCCCUCCCUCCAUCUGCCACUAACCCCGACCUCUACCAUCACCACGACCUCACACAGACACCCUCCCCCACCCAUCCUUUUGGUGGGGGGGAAGCUAAAACUGUCCCGCUCUCCAGCCCUCUCCUAAACCAGUGGACUGACUUCUGGAAGGGCAGACCCGUGUGUUGCCUGGCCAACGGGAGAGAGCGCCACGCAAACUCCUUUUCGCACUUACCCAGAAGAGGAAGUGAUCGCCACAUAGCCCAACGUCUGCCCCGGCUUCAGACACACACACACACACACACACACACAUAUCUUCCUGCAGUUUGAUAGCCCUCAUUGGCGGCAACGAUGGUUUUGGUUGGUUAAUAUCUUAUAUAUAUAUAUAUACACUUUUCAUUUAUUUUCCAAUAGGGCGUUUCCUAUUUUCAGGAUUACCCGUGUGUCCCACUGGGGUGCAUGAGGUGAAAUAUGCCGAGCUCUUGAUGUCUGACUUGGUGCAAUCACAAAGAGAAGCACCUCGUAAUAUGACCCCUUUUUGUUGUUGUUUUAUGAUGAGUUAUUUUCCCCCCAACACUUUAUUUAUAUGCACUUUUUUAGUGCUUGUGUUUUUCUUUUUUCUUUGGUUUGCUAACAAUAGGCUCCCUAAUCAAUAGGCUUAGGGCUCAGCUGAUCUGAUGCCCAAGCUAAGAAGUGUCUUUCCCCCGACCCCCUUCUAUUAACAUCUUUUCUUUUUUUAGGACAAAAUUCACGGGGGAAGGUUGAGGUGGGAUGAAGUGUGAAAACUUUAUGAACUUAGGAAGGGCUCUGGAUGGGAUAGAGGAAAAGGGAUUGGGUUUUAUAGAGGAUAUGUUUAAAGAUCUAGAAGAAAAAAAAAAAAAAAAAA